GUGGUUCGGUGUUUUGUGCAGAUACGGCCUUCCUACCAAGAAAUUCGUUAUGGCAGUGGACGGGGCCGUACUACAUCCGGCCAUGUGCCGAUUGUGUUUGCAGGCUGGUCCCGAAACAGCGACCGUUUCGAUUUUCAGCAUCGCGAAUGGAUUUGUCGUAGCACAGAUGGCACACGAUUGCUUGGGAAUCGAGAUCGUAAAGGAUGGAUCAGCGUACGAGAACGUUUGCUCACCGUGCAUCGUUUCGCUGGUGUCGAUGUACGAGCUGUACCUGAAGUAUCGCGAGUGCAACCGUGUAUUCUUGCAACUGCUUCAGGAGUCCCUAGAUCAGUUGGAACCUAGUCCGGUAGACAUGCAGUUCGAGGACCUCAUCGAAGAAGACUACAGUAUCGAUGAAGAUAUCGUAGAGAUUGUUGGAGUAGACGAACCAGAUACAGCUAGCAGUGGUAACGUGGGCCAAGUAUUUGAGGAUUCCGUUUACUACAUGCCAGAUUUCGGAGUGUACGUACGAUCGGAGGGAGUGAUCGAUGGCUUACCGAGUGAUUCGACAGCAGCAGAAACGGAGUGGGCCACACCCGUCCAACAGUCCACUGGGACACUGAUGGAAGAGCUAAAUGCUCAAGUUGCUCGAUUGGAUGGUCAGGAAAUGGCGAACGCAUGUUCGGCGCAGCAGAAUAUUCCAUCAGCCGUUACUAUGAGCCAUAACCCUUCGGUAACCGUGGCAACAGCUGAGCCGUCGUUGUGUGGAUCGCAACUUCCAGGAGACCAGCAAGAUCAAACAGAGGAUCAAACAUUCCAGGAACCAAAGCAUCACUGCUUCAUUUGCGAAACGAGCUUCCAAAACGACAUUGAGCUCGUCAAUCACUUUCCAGCACAUUUUUUGGACGUUCCACAAGACUGCCACCUGUGCGGGACUCACUAUCGGACGGUCAUGAAUCUCAAUCGUCACCUUGCCUAUCAUCAACCUGGACGGCCCUAUAAAUGUAACCUAUGCGAGCGACGUUUCUCCGAUAGUCAGGCAUUCGAGCGGCAUACGGCAGAGUUCCAUCACGCCCAGCAGCGUCCUGCCGUUUCGAUUUCCGAUGAUACCGAGCAGCAUUUGCUGGUGUGCGAUAUUUGCGGUAAACUGUAUGUCCUUGCGGAACCAUAUGAGCAGCACGUUCGCCAGCACGAGCAUGGCCAGCAACAGCAUCAGUGUAAACUCUGCGAACAAUCCUUUCCACGGAACAUCUAUCUGCUGUUUCACCUGGAAACGCACGCCAGAAUGCGACCGCAUCGUUGCCACUAUUGUUCGAUGCCGUUCGCAUCACUGUAUUUGAAGAACUUCCACGAGAAACGCCAUCCACCAGAAGGUUCCGAUGUACUGGCGCUGACGAAGGGUGAACGGGAAGCAGACCAACAGCCAUUAGCAUCCCGGCGUUGUCCACUCUGCUUGACGACGUGCCGGACGAAACAACGCCUACUCGCGCACAUCGAAACCUUCCAUCCAGCCGACACUCGUAUCCUGCUGCUCCAGUGUUCGUUUCGCGAUUGUCGGCUCAGGUUUCUAGAUCCGAGCGAGUUCCAGAGACAUAUUUCCGAUCAUCACGUUGACGAUCGCUUUCCCUGUACACACUGUGUUCGCGUUUUCAAAAGGCAACAUCUUCUCGUAACUCAUCUCACCACGGCGCACGGUAUAGAAGAGCGAAAAAUUUCCGUUCCGAACGAACAUACCAGCUGCAUCUGGUAACAGUGCAUUCCCAGAGCGAUGCUGGCAUGAACGAAAUUUAGAUUUUUCGAAGAAAACAUAAGUACAAGACUGAUCUUAAAUGAAGCCGUUGUUUCUUGGUUCAGUAUUUGUUUGCGAUUGACUGUGUGCGAAACGAAGAUUUCAAAUUGUUGUGGCUGAUAGAUUGAUUACUAUUGUCACCGAGCAAUUGAUAGGAUCUGAUAGCAUACUAUUUAUUUGUGCAUUUAAAAGAGUAAAAUGUUUAGGAAAAGUAUUUCUAAGAAAAGCAGAAUAUAAUAAACCAAAUGUAUUUAAAAGACGUCAGACGUUUUCGAUAGUUAAUAU